AUGCUGGAUAUGUUUCAACUUUUUCCAAUAGUAUUUAUCGCCCUUACCAGUUAUGUGCUUCGUCUAAUUAGUAUCUUACCAUUUUUCCAAAACAGAACGGAUAUUAUGGAUAAUAUAUCACAAGAUAAUGAACGUUCACCACUCCAUAUUUCUGUGUUUCUAGGAUCUGGCGGUCAUGCAGGGGAAAUGUUUAGAAUCCUGGAAAAUUAUAGAGAGUUUCUUCUUCAGAAAGAAAAUGUAUUAUAUAUUGGCUAUUCAGAUGAAGAAUCACGUAUUAGAUUUGAAAAAACCGUUCGUUCUCAGUGUAAAGUAACAUAUUACAAGUUCCUGAAAGCCAGAGAAGUCAAUGCAGGGUUCAAAAAUAGUUUUUUGGGAAUCAUAAAAACAUUACUGUUUUCCCUUUUCAACGUCAUCCAUAUAAGAUAUUGUAUGUUAUGGAAAAGACACCUUGUUUUAUUAAAUGGCCCAGGUACAUGCUGCAUUUUAGUCUUAUGGUUCAAGGUUAUCGAACUACUAUUCCCUAUUUCUUCUUCUAAUGUUGUUUAUAUUGAAUCUUUGGCGAGAAUAACAACAUUAAGUCUAACUGGCCGUAUAGUGUAUUGGUUAGCAGAUGAAUUUAUUGUACAAUGGGAAGACUUGAAAAGUCAUCAAGCACCGCGUGCAAGAUAUUUUGGAAUUCUAACUUAA